AUCUGGCGGUAACAGAAAUGGAAGUGCCAGUGAAGGAAGGUGGCCUCGUCGUGGUGAUUACAUAAAUUAAAAUGAUUUUUUUGAUUAUAAUUAAUUAAUUAAUUAAUUAGUACCGGGUACCGCCCACAGCACUGGGCAGAGCACGUUAAAUGGCAUGGCUACAAGGUGAGUACAAUCAGUACUGUACAAUACCAUCCAUUUCAUAAAACAGGGGAGCAACUGUUCUUCAUUCCGUUUUGUCUAACUGAAAGAAACUUGGCCUUAUAAAGACGCCGGCACCUGCACCAAGGCGAGACUGUUGACGUUAGCUUUGUUAACGGCAAGAGGUCUCCAAAAUGUUUGGAAAAGUUAUAUUCUCUCUCAUUUUCGUCGCUCUUCUCAUCAUGACUUACUCAAUUUUCAUCGGGACCGUCGAUAUUCGAUCGUACUUUUUUCCGUUACUACAGUCGCCCUCCGCCGCACUCUCCUCCUGCGCGACAAACAUUGCUCCACUUAAAGUCUACAUGUACGAUCUCCCGAGGAGGUUCCACGUCGGCAUGUUGGACCACCGGAGUCCUGAUGACUUGCUAGUGACCAAGGAGAAUCUGCCGCCUUGGCCGAAUAAUUCAGGCGUGAAACGACAGCACAGUGUGGAGUAUUGGCUUAUGGCUUCGCUUUUGUACGACGGUGGCGACGGUGAAGAAAGAGAGGCGGUUAGGGUUUUGGAUCCGGAAAUUGCCGAUGCAUUUUUCGUGCCCUUUUUUUCUUCGUUGAGUUUUAAUACUCAUGGCCAUUACAUGACGGAUCCAGAUACCGAGAUUGACCACCAAUUGCAGAUUGAAGUUCUGGAAUACUUGCAUAAAUCCAAAUACUGGCAGAGGUCAGGAGGAAGAGACCAUGUAAUUCCUAUGACGCAUCCGAAUGCUUUCAGAUUUCUUCGAGAGCAAGUGAAUGCAUCAAUUCUUAUUAUUGUAGAUUUUGGUCGGUACCCCAGGAGCAUGUCUAAUCUGAGCAAAGAUGUGGUCUCCCCAUAUGUACACGUUGUGGAAUCCUUUUUAGAUGAUGACCCUCCAGACCCAUUUGAGUCUCGCACCUCAUUGCUCUUCUUCCGGGGGAAUACAGUCAGAAAAGAUGAAGGCAAAGUUCGUGCUAAAUUGGCAAAGAUAUUAACUGGCUAUGAUGAUGUUUACUAUGAGCGUAGCUCGGCAACAACAACGAGCAUUAAAGAGUCCACACUAGGGAUGCGUUCUUCAAAGUUCUGUUUGCAUCCUGCAGGAGACACUCCAUCAUCUUGCCGCCUAUUUGAUGCUAUUGUAAGCCACUGCGUUCCAGUAAUUGUGAGUGAUCGAAUUGAGCUCCCCUUUGAGGAUGAAAUUGAUUACACUCAAUUCUCGAUUAUCUUUUCCGUGAAAGAGGCUGUACAACCUGGUUACAUGGUUAAUCAGCUCCGACAAUUUCCAAAAGAGAGGUGGAUUAAAAUGUGGAGGCAUCUUAAGAGCAUCUCACAUCACUUUGAAUUCCAAUAUCCCCCCAAAAAAGAAGAUGCCAUCAAUAUGCUAUGGAGACAGGUUAAGUACAAACUUCCUGCAGUUCAUCUUGCUGUAAAUAGACAAAAAAGGUUGAAAGUUCCAGAUUGGUGGAGAAGGUGAGUUUUGAUCUCCAUAUGCGACACUGUACAUUAUAAUCCUUUUGCCUCGUUUAUGAUUGCUACCCUUUUAUGGGCGAGAGGCAGAGAUGGUCAUGAGUUUUUUAUCCCCAUUGUUGGCCGGCUUUACAGUUCAUAUAACAGAUAGAGCAUUUUACUUCUUUGACAAUGAUUGAUAACAACUUAGUGCAGAAGCGAGUUCUUAAUAAUUUAAUGACAUAGGGCUGUACACACACACAAUUCGGCGAGUCUUUUCCAACUGGCUGUAAUAAUGUCCAUAGAUUGUUCUAUAAUGUUUUUAAUGACAGGGAUAAUAUCCCAUC